GUGUCAGCAUGCUGAAGCAGGUUCUGUCUUUCGGCCGCUCCCUCGUGCGCAGGAAAGUGGUUGACCUGAGCAACCUGGAGGACUCCAAACUCUGCCGCUGCCUGGGAACCGUCGACCUCAUCGCCCUGGGAGUGGGCAGCACUCUGGGAGCCGGGGUGUACGUUCUGGCCGGGGAGGUGGCAAAGGGAGACUCCGGCCCCAGCAUCGUCAUCUCCUUCCUCAUCGCCGCUCUGGCCUCGGUCAUGGCCGGCCUGUGUUACGCCGAGUUCGGGGCCCGAGUCCCAAAGACCGGCUCUGCCUACCUGUACAGCUACGUGACGGUCGGGGAGAUCUGGGCCUUCAUCACCGGGUGGAACCUCAUCCUGUCGUAUGUGAUCGGUACCUCCUCAGUUGCCAGAGCAUGGAGUGGGACGUUUGAUGAAAUGAUAGGAGGACACAUAGAGGCGUUCUGCAAAACCUACUUUGGCAUGAACGCCCCUGGUUUGGCCCAAUACCCCGACUUCUUCGCUGUCUGCCUGAUUCUCCUGCUCUCUGGGCUCCUGUCGUUCGGUGUGAAGGAGUCGGCCUGGGUCAAUAAAGUCUUCACUUCCGUCAACGUCCUCGUGCUUCUGUUUGUCAUCAUCUCCGGCUUCGUCAAAGGAGACACACACAACUGGAACAUUACCGAGGAAUCCCUCAUCAACGUCACCAUAGUCAAGAGGAACCUGACGGUAACGUCCAACGUGACCAGUGCCUACGGAGUGGGAGGCUUCAUGCCCUACGGCUUCAGUGGGACUCUGGCCGGAGCUGCCACCUGCUUCUACGCCUUUGUUGGAUUUGACUGCAUUGCGACCACAGGGGAGGAGGUGAAGAACCCGCAGAGGGCCAUCCCCAUCGGCAUCGUGGUGUCCCUGACCGUGUGCUUCCUGGCGUACUUCGGCGUGUCGGCGGCGCUCACCCUCAUGAUGCCGUACUACCUGCUGGACGAGAAGAGUCCUCUGCCCAUGGCCUUCGAAUAUGUGGGCUGGGGCCCGGCCAAAUAUGUAGUCGCUGUGGGUUCGCUGUGUGCGCUCUCAACCAGUCUGCUGGGCUCCAUUUUCCCUAUGCCUCGUGUAAUCUAUGCUAUGGCAGAGGAUGGGGUGCUUUUCAAAGCCUUAGCCCGAAUCAAUCCUAAGACGAAGACCCCACUUAUUGCCACUAUGAGCUCCGGUGUAGUUGCAGCCAUCAUGGCGUUCCUGUUUGACCUCAAGGCGCUGGUUGACAUGAUGUCCAUCGGCACUCUGCUGGCCUACUCGCUGGUCGCAGUGUGUGUACUGAUUCUCAGGUACCAGCCCGAUGGAAGUCUGGGCCGGCCGGCCGGGAAAGGAGAGAGGGACUACCUGUCGUCCGAGGAGGGCGAAUCGGACCUGACGGAGUCCGAGUCUCAUCUCAACAUGCUGAAAGGAGGCAGCUCCACCCUGCAGGCGGCCCUCCACCCGCCCGUCGCUCCGUCGGAGAGCUCGUCCAGCGUGGUCAACAUGUCCAUCGGCGUGCUGGUGCUGGUGGUGUGUGUGGUCAGCUACCUGACCACCUACCACAUCGGCUCGGUGGUGGGCCUGGAGGCGUGGGUCCUGGCCUCGCUGGCCGUGUGUCUGCUCGUCUUCAGCGGCUGCACCUUCAUGGUCGUCAGGCAGCCGCAGACCAGCAGGAAGGUGUCCUUCAUGGUUCCGUUUCUGCCUUUUCUGCCCAUCCUGAGCAUAUUUGUGAAUAUUUACCUCAUGGUGCAGCUGAGUGGAGACACCUGGAUACGCUUCUCUGUGUGGAUGGCUGUAGGAUUCCUGAUCUACUUUGGCUACGGCAUGUGGCACAGCGUGGAGCGCCAGCGCCAGCUCCAGGAGGCCCGGGGCGGCGGCGGCGGCGGUGGCCAGGAGAAGCAGGGCGGCCUGGCAGCGGAGGGGAAGGAGCAGGAGCGCUUCAUCUGCCCGGAGAAGACCAGCCAGUGUUAGAGCUCGCCCGACCUUUCACAGACUCUGAGAGGCGACGGAUGCGUGAACGCACACGGCGCCUCUGCAUCCAUGCACCUGUACAUACAGCUUCAGCGGGGGGGGGGCGGGGCUUCGCCCUCCAGCACCGCCAGCUCCCACACGGCGGGGGCCACAUUGUGCAUUCUGGACAGCGCGGAGGCCGGACUGAAGGGACAGGUAUCACACUGGAGGGUGGUGCUGGUUUCUUUUUAACCGCGGAGCAGCAUGCGCCUUUUGCUUCUUCAUGGACUUUUAGCUCGUGAGACACUUUUUAUCACUUGUCUGUUAAUUUCUACAUUUUGAAGGUUUGUGUCGGCUGGUUUUUAAAUGUACAGUCUGUCCAAUCUGUGCUACGUUUUGGCCCACCUCUGUUUUGUGUUUGAUGUCCAACAAGGCCGUUAGAUUAAAGAUGUGCUGAUUA